AUGAAUCAAUCACAAAGUUUAUGGAUAUCAUCUGUAAUAGUGUUGAUCAUUUAUCUUUCUACCUGUUGCAAUUCUCAACCAUUAUUACUAGAUGAAAUUGAUUCAGUUACAUUUCUUAUAAGACAAUAUGGUAUGCCAUUGGUUGAAGGUGAUCCUUCAAAAUUCUGUAACAAUGUAUCAUCAUCUUCUCAUCGUAUAGAAUGUCAAAUGGUUGAUGGACUAUAUCAUGUUACUGGAAUAUCAAUAGCAGGAUAUGUUACGUUUACAGAAAUGCCUGAUCCUACAUUUAGAUCAUUGAGAUUAUCACAACUGACUAAAUUCUCUAUUUUUGGUACUUCAAAGGUAUCUAAUCAAUCAAUCAAUGUAAUGACAUUGAUUAAUAAUUUACCUCAACUUCAAACUCUAGCUAUAUUAUAUGAUUCUUCUGUUACAUAUAUUCCAGACAUGUUAACAUAUAAUCUUCCAUUGGUAAACCAAGUAAUUCUAUCAAACCUUGUAAACUUGAACUCUAUUACUGGUACUGGAUUGAGUCUUCCUGGUCUAAAAGAUUUAACUAUCAAUGGAGGAAGAACCUUACUAGAAAUGAGGAUAGACAAUACUUGGCGUCUCCCCAGUCUCAUCUCAUGUAUGCUGACUUUUAAUGCUGGUGUUUCAUCAAACUAUACACUUGACUUUGCUCAAGAGUCUUUUCCAUCGACACCAAAUAUCAGUGUAUACACAAACAUUGGUAAUGCAACCAUUGAUAUAUCAUUUGCCAAUGUAAUAGAUCAAUUAACUCUCAGUGCUAUCUACCCUGCCAAAUUCAAUAUCAAGUUUCAACCAAGUGCAUCUAUAAAUCUAUUAACAAGUAGUGAACUAAAUUUAUUUAAUCCUGUGAAUCUUGCAUCGGCACAAUUAAAAGAAUUGACAUUUACAAAUAUACAGUUUGAAAAUUUACCAAAUUACACAAUACCAUUUUAUCCCGAUAACUUGAUUAGAAUCAAUCUUCAAGAUUCAAAUCAAUCAGUCUACACCCCAUUGCCAACAAAGUUAUCAUCAUUUAACUUUAAAAACUCUCAAGUCACAACUGUUCCUUGGGAAAUAUUUGGAACCACCUUUGCUACACUUCAAAUAGAAAAAUCACCCUCCAUUGUUGGUACAAUUCCAGAUUCCAUUUGUAGAAACAAAUUAAAUUUAGAUCCAACUUCAAAAAUAACUUCUAUUCCAGGUAUAUUGUUUUGGUGUUAUAGUAAAGAUACAAAUAUUCUUAAAACAUCAAUUGUUAAACCAUCCACUUUUGUUUGUAAUAUUACAUUUGAUACACAAGACUUGGUAUUGUUUAAUCAUAGUACAAUAGUAACUGGUAAAAACAUUGGAUGGGGUAGCUCUGGUAGUUCUACCUACCAAUUCAAUGCUAUCAUUCCAAACAAGCAAAUUGAAUUCACACUCAUUGAUCCAUCACUCUUUUAUGGAACCAAACAAUCGAUUCAAAUCAAUUUAAAUACAAUGCAAGGUAUUUCAUAUCCAUUUACAUUUGUAGAGGCUGGUUUAGAGAUUAACAAUAGUUCAGAGGUGGUCAGACCAUUCUUUAAACAAUUGUCAGAUUCGAUUCAGCUAGAGGUCAACUUCUUGUUAAUUAAUCCAUAUAUUGAACAUACCAUUUGGAUUGAUGGAAAUAUUCCAUGUAUUGUGACUACCAAUACAUCUACACAAUUACAAUGUGCAGCCAAUGUUUCAAGUGUCAUUCCUGGAUAUCGUGUCAUCUCUAUUAGAAAUGAAUACAAUAGUAUCACUGCAAAUGUAUUAUACACGGUAGAGUAUCCAAUUGGUAAUUCAUAUGAAAUCGAUCAAACAGAUAUUCAAAACCUAACAAUCUAUGGAUUCUUUGGAGCAUAUGGUCAAAAUAAUUUGACAGUCAUCAUUAAUAAUACCAUUAAUUGUCGAAUCACCCAAAAGUCUCAAGCUAUUGUUCAAUGUAGAUUAGAAAAGAUUCCAAAUAAUGGUCCUGCUUCAAUCUACAUGACAAUUGAUUCAUACUUUUUAUCAAGACCAAAUGUUUUUUAUUUUAAAAAUAAUAAUAAUAAUAAUUCAUCAUCCUCAUCCUCAUCCUCUUCAUCUUCAUCAUCUGGAUUAUCACCAAAAGAUCAAUGCCAACAAUUAACAGAUAAUUGUUUUGGUCAUGGUGAAUGUAAUGAUCAAGGAAAAUGUCAAUGUGAUCAAAAUUAUAAUCCAAUUGAUAAUUGUAGUAAUCAAUUUACAAAUUCAACUAAACCAAAUAUUGAUCCAAAUGAACCAUCAGCAUCAUUUGAUGGGGUUGAAUUUAAAUUUGAAAUUAUAUCAAUUCAAGAAUUAAAUCUUGAUGAUUUAAUUAUAAAGGAAUUACCAACUGAUAUAUGGUCAUCAAAUAUUACAAUAACAGAUGAAUUAACAACUGCUAUUUAUGCUCUCAAUAUAACCAAUCAAACCAAUUUAGAUAGUAAUCCAAAUUUGAAUGUUACAACUACCCUUACAUUCUCUAGUAAUGCUAGAACCGUUAUGUUUGGUAGCCAACAACUUUAUAUUGAUCCAAACUCUAUAAAGUUAUCAGUCAAUGUUAGUGGUUGGGAUUAUGAUUCCAAUCUAUCAUAUCUUAGAGUAUUAUUCAAGACCUCAAUCAAUAAUAAUCAAUCAUUUUCAUUGGAUUGUAAAGAACACACUGUUGAUUCAUUAUCAUAUGACCCUCUUGGAUCAGAUUUACAAUAUCUUCGAAUAAUCAAAGAUAAUAUUCAAUUGAAUGGUAGAUUUAUAGAUUAUUCAUUGUCUGAUGGAAGAGAAACUUAUUCAAAAACUCAAGUACUCUCAAUCACCUCUAAUAAUGAUACAACAUCGACAGUAGUGAUUGGAGUGAUUCUAUCACAAUGUCAAGAAUGUAUUUUAGAUCCAGACUUUACACCACUUCUCAUUGUCAAUGACACUGAUGAAUCGUCAUGUGACAAUGAAAACCAAUCAAAUACAUGGAGAAUUAUAGUUGGUGUAGUAGUUGGUGGAAUUGGUGCCAUUGCAUUGGCUGUUGGUUCAAUCAUAUUAAUACUUUAG